UGGAAGACUAAUGACUAAUCUACGUUGGGCCCAACAAAAGCUUUGGUUAGUGGAAAUUUUCUCUGGCUAAAACCAGACACAGUAGAUCUGGUUGUGCCGUAACGACCACCGUACGGAGAUGGCUUUUUCCUCCCGCCGCGGAGGGUGGUGGUCUCACUAUCUCCUCCCCACCUCCAAGCCUUCAAUGAAGCAGGCACGUAAAUCCCGCAAACGGACAGCCAUUAAAGACUUCCUGCUCGCCAACUUCUUCUCCAUUGGCAUCUCUCUGUGCUUUCUCUUUUUCCUGCUCAUCAUCUACAGCUAUGGCGUUCCUAAACCACUGCUCUCCUCUCACUUCCGUUCCACCCGGACCCGUUUUUCCCGAACCCGUAAGCCCGUUUACAGGAAAUCCCCAGCUGGCGAUGCCGUUUCGGGGGCUGUGGUGGAUAUAACCACCAAGGGUCUAUAUGACAAGAUUCAAUUCCUUGAUGAGGAUGGUGGUGCUUGGAAGCAAGGUUGGAAGGUAACUUACAAGGGAAAUGAAUGGGAUUCGGAGAAAUUAAAGAUUUUUGUUGUUCCACAUUCGCAUAAUGACCCAGGUUGGAUUUACACAGUUGAGGAGUAUUAUAAUCGACAGUCCAGGCACAUUCUUGACACCAUUGUUGAAACACUUUCGAAGGAUGCUCGCCGCAAGUUUAUAUGGGAGGAAAUGUCUUAUUUGGAGAGAUGGUGGAGGGAUGCAUCAGCUGCAAAUAAAGAAUCCUUCAUCAGUUUAGUACAGAAUGGACAACUAGAAAUCGUAGGUGGUGGUUGGGUGAUGAAUGAUGAGGCUAAUUCACACUACUUUGCAAUCAUAGAACAGAUGAUGCCAACUGGAGAAUUAGAUAGAGAUUUAUAUGGGGCCCAAAAUGUUGCAGUUCUCAUUUACUGAGUUGAAAAUUGUGACGUUGUUGCAUAAUGUAUAUCAUCUCAUUCUAGUUUCCAUAAUAUGCUUUAAGUAAAUCGUUCUUUUUAACUUUUUAUUCAUAUUUAAUAAUUUGUAAACCCAGCGAAACAGCUGGGAUUUCUUAAUAACUAUAUAUGUACUUAAGCAUGCAUAUCACAUGCUGUCCCUAUAAGCUGUGCUAAGGAUCUUGUUUUCUGAAUCUAUUACCAGAUAACAGAGGGUAAUUUAUGGCUUAAUGAAACUUGCGGUGUUGUUCCAAAAAAUUCGUGGGUGAUAGAUCCUUUCGGAUACUCUCCAACAAUGGCAUACCUUUUUCGUCGUAUGGGUUUCGAGAAUAUGCUCAUACAGAGGACACAUUAUGAAUUGAAGAAGGAACUGGCUUUGUACAGAAAUUUAGAAUUCGUAUGGCGGCAGAGCUGGGAUGCUGAAGAAACAACUGACAUGUUUGUUCAUAUGAUGCCCUUUUAUUCAUAUGAUAUUCCACAUACUUGCGGGCCUGAGCCUGCAAUAUGCUGUCAAUUUGACUUUGCUAGAACCUAUGGCUUUACGUAUGAGCGCUGCCCUUGGGGAGAAUAUCCACAGGAGACCACACCAGAAAAUGUUAAAGAAAGAGCACUAAAGCUGCUGGAUCAAUACAGAAAGAAAUCAACACUAUAUCGCACAAAUACUCUUCUUAUUCCCCUCGGAGAUGAUUUCCGCUAUGUCACCGUUGAUGAGGCUGAAGCUCAGUUCAGGAAUUAUCAGCUUUUGCUUGAUUAUAUCAAUUCUGAUCCGGACUUGAAUGCAGAAGCAAAAUUCGGUACCUUGGAAGAUUAUUUCCGGACUCUUCGUGAAGAGGCUGAUAGGGUAAAUUACUCCCGUCCAAAUGAGAUUGGGUCUAUUGAGAUUGGUGGGUUUCCUUCUCUUUCAGGCGAUUUCUUCACAUAUGCUGACAGACAGCAAGAUUACUGGAGUGGUUAUUAUGUUUCUCGACCUUUCUUCAAGGCUGUUGAUCGUGUGUUGGAGCAGACCCUCCGCGGUGCUGAAAUGAUGAUGGCUUUCCUAUUAGGUCAUUGUCAGAAACCACAAUGUGAGCGGUUACCUACCGGAUUUGCCUAUAAGUUAGCAGCGGCUAGGAGGAACCUAGCGCUGUUCCAACAUCAUGAUGGGGUUACUGGUACAGCUAAGGACCACGUAGUUAAUGAUUAUGGGGUGAGAAUGCACAUAGCUUUGCAAGAUCUUCAAAUUUUCAUGUCAAAGGCCAUAGAGGUGUUGCUUGGGAUUCGCCACGAAAAGAAUGAACAGAACCCAUCUCAGUUUGAGCCUGCACAAGUGAGAUCUAAAUACGAUGCUCAGCCAGUGCAUAAAGCCAUGGCUGCUCAUGAAGGGACAGUCCAGACUGUGGUGAUAUUCAAUCCACUAGAGCAGACAAGACAUGAGGUUGUGAUGGUAAUUGUUGACAGACCGGAGGUGACAAUCCUGGACUCAAAUUGGACAUGUGUGAGAAGCCAGAUAUCUCCAGAGAUGCAACAACACUACAGCAGCAAGGAGGAUGAAACAUUAUUCUCUGGUAGACAUCGUGUAUACUGGAAAGCUUCGGUCCCCCCGUUAGGGUUGCAAACUUAUUAUGUCGCUAAUGGGUUUGCCGGUUGUGAAAAGGCCAUACCAACAGAGGUCAAAUGGUUUGUGCCUUCUUCCAAUAUUUCUUGCCCCAAACCAUAUACUUGCUCAAGAAUGGAGGGUGAAGAAGCAAUAAUCAGUAAUCGGCAUCAGACGUUGACAUUUAGCAUGAAGGAAGGAUUGUUACAGAGAGUUAGUCAUACCAAUGGCCGCCAUAAUGUUGUUAUUGGGGAGGAAAUAAGUAUGUACUCUAGCACUGAGAGUGGAGCUUACCUAUUCAAACCAAACGGCGAUGCUCAGCCCAUUUUUGUAGCCGGUGGGUCGAUGGUUAUCUCGGCGGGCCACUUGGUGCAGGAAGCUUACUCAUUCCCAAAGACACAAUGGGACAAAGCUCCAAUUUCCCAUAGCACCCGCAUAUAUGAUUAUGGUGGUGGUGACAGUUCCUCGAUACAAGGAAAUGUCAUCGAGAAGGAGUACCAUGUGGAGCUUCUUGGCAGUGAUUUUAACAACAAAGAACUUAUAGCUAGGUACAGAACUGAUAUUGACAACCAAAGGGUUUUCUAUUCUGAUUUAAAUGGGUUCCAAAUGAGCCGUAGAGAGACGUAUGACAAGAUCCCUGUUCAAGGGAACUAUUAUCCAAUGCCAUCUCUUGCUUUUAUGCAGGGAUCGGAUGGUAGACGCUUCUCCGUCCACACCCGGCAGUCCCUAGGUGUGGCAAGCCUUAGAGAUGGAUGGUUAGAGAUAAUGCUGGACCGGCGAUUGGUGAGGGAUGAUGGGCGUGGUCUUGGACAGGGGGUGAUGGACAAUCGGCCAAUGAAUGUUGUGUUCAACAUCCUUGUAGAGUCUUCUUCGAACGCUUCAAUAGCUCCUGCAAUUACUAAUCAUCACCCUCUAAGCCCUUCCCUUUUAUCUCAUCUCAUAAAUUCCCACUUAAACUACCCCCUCAACACAUUUGUAGCCAAGAAAGCACAUGAAAUCUCUGUACAGCCUCCCCCAAGAUCCUUCUCUCCACUGGCAUCCAACCUUCCAUGUGACUUGCACAUCCUAAGUUUCAAGGUUCCUCGCCCUCUAAAAUAUUCCCAGCAGCCCCCACUUGAGGAAGAGCCUAAGUUUGUUCUCGUCUUCCAGCGGCGGCAUUGGGACUCCUCGUAUUGUCGGAAGGGUGGCAGGUCUGAUUGCUCAAGUGUGGCUGAUGUGCCAGUUAACCUAUUUGACAUGUUCAAGGGUCUUACCGUUUCGAAUGCAAAGCCCACAUCUUUGAAUCUGUUGCAUGAAGACACAGAGAUGCUUGGUUAUAAGGGGCAUUUUGCAGAUGGUGCCCGUGAAGGUCAUGUCCUCAUCUCUCCCAUGGAAAUACAGGCUUACAAAUUACACCUACGACCAAAUUAGCCAGAGAGUAAUUUUUGAAAAUUUCUUUGAUCAAAGUGCUUUUCUUCUUAAGGAGGUUCAGAGGUACUCUUCAUGAUAGAGACCAAGGUGUUUGCUGACUGGAGUCCAGGUGGUGAGAAAGUUUCCUCUGGUGGCAAAGACAGACUUUUGAACCUAUGUAUGGGGUUAACAUGUUGUAUUUAUAUGUCACACAAUCUCACCGAUAAAAUUUUGGUCCUGUUGGGUUACGGUUUGAAUCUAAAGGUCUUAUAGUGUGAGCACAAGCAAAUUAGUCCUAUCUCCUUCCAUAAGAAAAAAG